AAAUGGCACCUUAGUAGUUGUUGAAACAUGCAAUUUGCUAAGCUACAUAUCCUUUUGAAUGCACAAGAUGGCUAAGUCCCAUGUAGUUGCCAAAGUCCCUUUUGUAGUUUCCAAGUUACUACUAUUGGGUAUCCUCAUGGCUACCUUUACCACAACAGGUGCCCAGGUUGGUGUUUGUUAUGGAACUGUCGCAAACAACUUGCCACCCCCACGAGAAGUAAUAUCACUUUACAACCAAUAUAACAUCAAAAGGAUGCGGCUUUAUGGUCCUAACCAUGAUGCUCUCGGAGCUCUUAGAGGCUCCAACAUUGAGCUCAUGCUUGGUGUCGAAAACGAACGCCUUCGGGAUAUUUCUUCUAACCAAGCCAGUGCUGAUGAUUGGGUCCAAAAAAAUGUUGUGACCUAUGGAAAUGUCAAUUUCAAGUACAUUGCGGUUGGAAAUGAAAUAGAUGCUAAAGGGCCAUUAGCACCUUUUGUUGGCCCUGCCAUGGAAAAAAUUCACAAUGCAAUUUCGAGGGCUGGUCUUGCAAACAAAAUUAAAGUAUCCACGGCCGUUCAUCCUGUAAUUCUCCAAGAAUCCUACCCUCCAUCAAAAGGAUCAUUCAGGCAGGAUUACCGACCAUUUCUUGAUCCUAUCAUUGGUUUCCUAGUGGGAAAUAAAUCUCCAUUGCUUCUAAAUAUGUACCCAUACUUUAGUUUCAUUCAAAACCGAGCAAACAUUGACCUUCGAUAUGCUCUUUUUACAUCUCCGUCAGUCGUGGUUCAAGAUGGACAAUCUGGCUAUCAAAAUCUGUUUGAUGCACUUCUUGAUGCACAUUACUCCGCUUUAGAGAAGGCUGGGGGUGGUUCUUUGAGAAUUGUUGUAUCGGAGACUGGUUGGCCCUCUGCUGGUGGUGAUGGUCAAGUGACAACAAAGGAGAAUGCGAGAAUUUACAACUCAAAUGUGAUCAAGCAUGUCAAGGGCGGUACUCCAAAGAGACCUGGAGGUUCGAUAGAAACUUACAUAUUUGCCAUGUUCAAUGAGAAUCAAAAACCUGGAGACGAGACUGAGAAAAAUUUCGGCCUCUUUUACCCAAGCAAAAAUCCGGUUUAUCCCAUCAAUUUCAACUAAGAGUUUACUAGGUGAUAAGCACUUCUUUUGUGCAACGAUGCGUCAGCAUAAAUAAAAGCUGGGUUAACUACUUGUAAUCCUAAACGUACAUGGCAAAGAGCCAAAAUAUCCGUAUGUUGUAUCUCCCAAGAAAAUAAUGUCGGUAGACUCGGUACGGCAUGUAGUCAAAUAAAAGAAACUUUGCCGAA